AUGGACUUGUCCCAUUUGACUCGCCCGGGCAUAUUGUCCCAAUGCUCACGGUGCUCCAGCUCACUGGCUGCACUGGAGAAUGAGUGGGCAAAACUAUCCAAUGUCUACGCUAUCCCGACGGCAUGGCUCAGUGUCGACCUCCAUCGCAUCUCGGUAUCAUCGGAGCGCAAACAGAUUCCUCACACUUCUGACAUGACCGUCUUGCGUGGGCGUAUUAUCCAGGAAAUUUCGUGCAAAUUAUGUCAACAACGAAUUGGAGUCCUGUGUCCAUUCGACACUGGAAUGAAUAUACUGUGGAAGAUGAACAAGGUUGCAUUUAGGGAAAUUGUUACUAUGCGGACCGUACAGCCUCAGUUCAAACAGGGGACCCUCGAGCGCCUCCUUUGUCCUACCCCGAAAGAACCACCACGCCGAACCUCCGAAAUUGUCCAGGACACUGCGCUUGUCCCGGCUGGCGUCUCUGAUCCCGCCAACCUCGAUCCGUCAGUACAAAGGCAAAUGCUCAGCCAAGGCAGAAGCAUCGAUCAAAUCUCGAACUCCGUGAACCACCUACAAGAUACAAUGUCAGAUCUCAAGCAUUCCUUCACCGCACUUCGAAUUGAGUUGAACGGACCAAACAGGCACAUUGGAGAGGGAUCUUUCCUCCAGGGGCAUGAUUUUGACAUGAUUGCUACCGUACUCAGAGAGCUCAAAUCCAAAUCCGACGAAAUUGAGAAAUUGAAGUUGGAAAUUGAGGCUCUGAAGUUAAAGAAUCGUUAUAUGGGAGGAAACUCACCACAGCCUCAGCAAGACUCAUUGUCUGUGUUGAAUAUGAAUUCUGCACUCCCUGAAGUUCGAAGCCCGGGCUUGCUCCAGGCAGGCCGGAAGCGCACUUGGCCCGACGCUUUCCCUGUUGAUCGCGGCCAAUCAUUUGGCACCUACUUUGAUGAAAACGAUAUGACUGACGAUUCGGACCUGUCAUUCCCAGCUGUCCGUGAAUCUUGUGGUGAUCUUAAAGAUCAACAACGGCGUGCCAUUACCAGCGGCCCGUCGGAAUACGGAGCGGGCUCAGGGCCGGCACCUCAGAAUGGGGCCAGUAACACAAACCAAGCUCGAUCACAACCUCCUCAGCAGACCAUGGCGAAACGCCCGCGCCUGAACCCGUCAAAUGGCGACAACCCGGAAGCUGUAGCGCAAGCACCUGCACCGAGAGGACGGGGCAGACCCAGAAAAUCAACCAACCCACCCCCGAAUCCCAAUCCUGACAUUCGACAACCUCCAAAUCCUACUCUGAACGGGCAGGGAACCAGCGCCGAUUCUACUGGUCAACCAACAUUGACACGCCGACAAUCCCGUCGCAGCCUGCGAGCAACAUCUCCGGACCCAUCCUACAGCGACAAUGACCAAGAUGGGGCAUCUGAUUCCCAGCAAGCGGCCAACAAAAAGACCAAGCGCAACACUGGCUCUCCGAAUGGAAGUCGGAUUGGUGUUCAAGAGGAAUCUCUGGACGAAAUUGCUAUGAAUGAGAAGCGUAAAGCUAAGGUCGCGGCGCGGGACGUCAUGGCUAAAAUGGCUUUACAGCAAGAAGAGGCUCGAGAGGCAGGCAAUACACGAUAG